CUUUCUGCGGAACCCGAGCCGGGGUGGCAGCUCGGGUGGUGGUAUCGUAUGCAAAUACGCAUGCUGACGUUACAGAUCAUGUGGGUUUUGGCGUAGAUUCCCCACUGAUCGAGACAUUUUUUUCCCCUUUUUUUUUCCUUCUUUUUUUUUUUUUUUCCUUUUAAAAAUUUUGACCACUGUUCACCGUACGGGGGCUUUUUCUGUCUGUCUGUCCGGCAGGCUGGCUUUCUCCCUCUUUCCCACGGAGCCCGAACAGGGCGCCCGGUGGGGAGUGGGGAGUGGGUGGGGGCAGCCAGCAGAGUUCCAUUUUGGAACGCCCGUGCCGCGUCUCCGCGUUCCCAGCCCGGGUCCCCGCGUUCCCAGCCCCGGCGCAGGUCUUGAGGCACUGACUGCUCUCGGAGUCGAAGUGUAAAAAGAUUCCCAGGAUGUGAGCAACAUGGGACAGAUAUGAUGCUGCCAGUUGUGUUUAGCCAUUGGAGCAAUUACAAUUUUCUGUGCUGAGAUCACUCUGGAAACUCAAACACCAGAUUUCAGUACUGAAAGGAAGCCAAAGCCAUUGGAGGGGGGAUAAAGCCAAAAGCCUUUCUUUGACCUUAUUUGUUCCAAAAAUUUCACUGCCCCUUUCCUACGUGCCCCUGCCCUCUCCAAAAUAAGCCAUUGCACAGAGACAAGCGCCAUGGCAAGCAAACGAAAAUCUACGACCCCGUGCAUGGUUCGGACAUCACAAGUGCUAGAACAAGAUGUGCCCGAGGAAGCAGACAGGGCCAAAGAAAAAGGGAUCAGCACGCCACAGCCUGAAAUGGCCAAAGACAGUUGGGCAGCGGAACCUGAAAACUCUUCCAAAGAAAAUGAAGUGAUAGAGGUGAAAUCUACAGGGGAGAACCCAUCCAAAAAGCUCCAAGGUGGUUAUGAGUGCAAAUACUGCCCCUACUCCACGCAAAACCUGAACGAGUUCACGGAGCACGUGGACACGCAGCACCCCAAUGUCAUUCUCAACCCCCUGUACGUGUGUGCCGAAUGUAACUUCACAACCAAAAAGUACGACUCGUUGUCUGACCACAACUCCAAGUUCCAUCCCGGGGAGACCAACUUCAAACUGAAGUUAAUCAAGCGCAAUAAUCAGACCGUCUUAGAGCAGUCCAUCGAAGCCACCAACCACGUCGUGUCCAUCACCACCAGUGGCCCUGGAGGCGGUGACAGUGACCCUGGGAUCUCAGUGAGUAAAACGCCCAUCAUGAAGACGGGGAAACCGAAAGCUGAUGCCAAGAAGGUGCCCAAGAAGCCUGAAGAGGCCACCCCCGAGAACCACAUGGAAGGGACUGCCCGCCUGGUAACGGACGCAGCUGAGAUCCUCUCCAGACUUGGAGGUGUGGAGCUGCUCCAGGAGUUAGGGCACGUCAUGCCUUCAGUCCAGCUCCCACCAAAUAUCAACCUUGUCCCCAAGGUCCCCGUCCCACUGAAUACUACCAAAUACAACUCUGCCCUGGACACGAACGCCACCAUGAUCAACUCCUUCAACAAGUUCCCUUACCCAACCCAAGCUGAGCUGUCCUGGUUGACCGCCGCUUCCAAACACCCAGAAGAGCACAUCAGAAUCUGGUUUGCCACCCAGCGCUUAAAGCAUGGCAUCAGCUGGUCCCCCGAGGAAGUGGAGGAGGCCCGGAAGAAGAUGUUUAAUGGUACCAUCCAGACAGUCUCCCCGACGAUCACUGUGCUGCCCGCCCAGCUGGCCCCCACAAAGAUGUCGCAGCCCAUCCUCCAGACAGCUCUACCGUGCCAAAUCCUCGGCCAGACCAGCCUGGUGCUGACUCAGGUGACGAGCGGGUCAACAACUGUCUCUUGCUCCCCCAUCACACUUGCCAUGGCCGGAGUGACCAACCACGGCCAGAAGAGACCGUUAGUCACUCCCCAAGCUGCCCCUGAGCCCAAGCGUCCACAUGUCACUCAGGUGCCAGAGCCCCCACCCAAAGUGGCCAACCCUUCGCUGACCCCAUCCAGCGACCGCAAGAAGACAAAGGAGCAGAUAGCACAUCUCAAGGCAAGCUUUCUCCAGAGCCAGUUCCCUGACGAUGCUGAGGUCUACCGACUCAUCGAGGUGACCGGCCUGGCCAGGAGUGAGAUCAAGAAGUGGUUCAGUGACCACCGGUAUCGGUGUCAAAGGGGCAUCGUCCACAUCACCAGCGAAUCCCUUGCCAAAGACCAGUUGGCCAUCGCGGCCUCCCGACACGGUCGCACAUACCAUGCGUACCCAGACUUUGCCCCACAGAAGUUCAAGGAGAAAACACAAGGUCAGGUUAAACUCCUGGAAGACAGCUUUUUGAAAAGCUCUUUUCCUACCCAAGCAGAACUGGAUCGGCUAAGGGUGGAGACCAAGCUGAGCAGGAGGGAGAUCGACUCCUGGUUCUCGGAGAGGCGGAAGCUCCGGGACAGCAUGGAACAAGCAGUCUUGGAUUCCAUGGGGUCUGGCAAAAGAGGCCAGGAUGUGGUGGCCCCCAAUGGUGCUCUGUCUCGACUUGACCAGCUCUCCGGUGCCCAGCUGGUCAGUUCUCUGCCCAGCCCUUCACCAGCCAUUACAAAAAGUCAAGAACAGGUUCAUCUCCUGAGGAGCACGUUUGCAAGAACCCAGUGGCCUACCCCCCAGGAGUACGACCAGUUAGCAGCCAAGACCGGCCUGGUCCGAACUGAAAUUGUGCGUUGGUUUAAGGAGAACAGAUGCUUGCUAAAAACUGGGACCUUGAAGUGGAUGGAGCAGUACCAGCAACAGCAUGUAGCGGAGGACCACGGCUACGACAUCGCAUCCAGGAAAGCAGCUAAAGCCACCGUCACCGAGAGCCCAAAGAACGGGAGUGGGGUGGGUCAGCAAUAUUACAAGGACCCCAAAAAGCUCUGUGAAGAGGAUUCGGAGAAGGUGGUACCCAGGGUAAAAGUGGGCAGCGAGCAAGCAAAAGACAGUUUGCCGGCUGCAAAACCCUCAGAGGUCACCUCAGACAGGUCAGAGGGCAACAGCCGGGAUGGCCAGGGCAGUGAUGAAAAUGAGGAGUCCGGCGUUGUGGAUUGGGUGGAGGUGACAGUCGGAGAGGAGGACGCCAUCUCAGACAGGUCGGACAGCUGGAGUCAGACUGCUCCCGAAGGCACAGCAGAGCUGGCCGACUCAGACUCCGACAGCGUCCCUGCCGAGGCUGGCCAGGCCUAGACAGGGAAGUCCAUCAGGACAGCUGUGCCGAUAAAGGGGAUGCUCUGGCUCUGAAGAAAGAAGAGAGCUUCCCUCCCGGGCCGGUGGGCCACCUGGCCAGAGACUCCAAGCGGAACUACUUAGCUGGCGUGUGCCUGCGGGGUACAGGAACCCAGCCCCUGUCACACGCACCUCCCAGAGGACCGGUGGGAAUUGUUCAUAGUGCCAAAGUCCUACUACUGCAUUUUCAGUGGGUCCUUGUAAAUAGUUAGCUCCUCUGCCCUGUCCCCCAUUUCUUGCUCAACUGGAACCAAUUUGUACAAUGUGGGAAUUUUGCUACCUUUUUAAUCGAGGGCAACUUCCUUUUCCAGCAUUACCAUUGUAAGGUUUUUCCAGGAGGGGAGGGCUGAUCACAUGUGCUUUUUUUCUUUCUUCCUUUUCUUUUUUUUAUUUUAUUAAUUUGGGGGAGGGGGAAUGUUAGCAUUAGUGCCAUUAUAUCUACUGGAUUUUAGGUAGGAAGAGUUCAUUUUUAAAGGUAGUUUGAAAUUUGGGAGAUUUCUCGGGGAGAAAGGCUGGGAUUCAGGCGUCGGUCUCAACUGGAAAGGUUUUACAGAUGGUAGAUUUUCCAAAUCAAAUCCGUUUCCAGUUGUUCCUCCAACUGCCUGUGGGUCCCUGUUUAGCCACACAUAAGGCUUUCUGAACUGCCUCUUACAAGUCUGGUUUCUCAACGGCCUGGCCUCUUAGGUCAGACCUGGGGCCCACCCAGCACCGGGAGGAUUAGGUAGCAGGUGGCUGACCUUUUAAGCCCCUUUUUAGAUACUGCAGAAAGGGCCCCCAGGUUUGUUAGCCUUAUCAUUACUUUUGUGAAAUGAAAACAAAAAGAGAUCUUCCUAUGUAGAUGAUACAAAGACGAACUGCUUUGGUUUUCAUUUCUGUUCCUAACUGCCUUUCUUCAGUGUGGUAUUUGACAAGAUUUCAGCUUGAAGCCUCACCAUGAAUCGAUUUUUUUUCUUUGUGUGUUUGUUUUGGGCCAAUUUUAGAUUCCUGAGUGCACUUUUUUUUUUUCCAGUUAGUCCUAACUUUUAAAGAAGAAAAACCAAGAGACGUAUCUGGUGUAAACGUUGCAAUAUGAAUUCUGUUUGCAAUCUCCCUCCACCCCCUAUUUGAGGACACUGCACACAUCAAACAAUAGGGAGUUUGGGGGGGAGGAAUACGAUUUUUCUAACUUGUUGCUCAUUUGUUGUAACUCAAUAAAGCAAAGACUAAACAUUUUUAUAA